UAUGGAGGAAUAUUUGGAUAUUAGAACUAAUUCAAAGAAGAACUUAAGAAAUUGGAUAUGGAAUCUAGAAUAUCUACUACUAUUAGAAUUAGAAACUAGAAAUAACAAAAGGGCAUUGUAAUUAACAAAUUAUGCUUACAGGUAAAUAUUUAUUAAUAGGUAUUAAUAAAAUAAGAAUGGAAUGAAAUGACACAACAGAAUUGAUUCAGACAACUUAGACCACAAAGUGGAAAGAGAUAUUUGGAUCAAAUUUGGAUGUGAAUUUUUAUACAUUUGUAUAUAUUAUUUAAAUACAAACAAAUAAAAA